GGGGAGGGGUAACAGUGGGGGAGGGACCAGGGGCUAGCCUCUCGGGCCAGGAACUCAGGGGCCAGACAGGACGGUUCCGCGGGCCAGAUGUGGCCCAUGGGCCGUAAUUUGCCCACCUCUGCCUUAGUCUGUACCGGGGCAAUGGCUCGGGUGGUGGGGAAGAGCACCCCUAGUGAAUCAGUAGCACUGCUUUGUGUAGCACACAGGAGAUUUCCCAGCCAAAUGCUCUCCACACACAGUGCUGCUUAGCUGGGGAGAUUUGACAUGAUUAUAGGCAAAGGUUCCACGGCUGUAAGUAAGAGCGAAGGCAAGGGCUUAGCCCACCUUGCAACGGUGUCCUGUAAAGCCAGCCAAACCAAGCUCAGGUGAAUGGGGAGACAGGCAGCCUCUCAGGUGCCAGGAUCCAAGCUCAUCAUAGAGCAAUGUCAUCACACCUGCAAUUGCACUCAAAUGAAGAGGGAGCCACUGUGGGCUUUGAAGGAUCCAUCCCCCCCAGCUUUACUCAUUCACGCAUUUCCAACAGGCCUGAGCCUCAGUUCCCGUGCUGUCAUCACUCUUCGACUCUUGGAGAUAAACCCUGAGCUGGUGUAAAUCCCUUGGUGUAAAUCCACACCACUUCAGUGAAGCUACGCCUGCUUCCUUCAGUUGAGGAUCUGGCCCUUCCUUUUGAAUGUUCCUCCCGUCCUCUGUGGUGACUUUGUUUAUAUUGAGUUGCACAAGGUCUACUAGAAACCUCAAAGCUGCAGAGAACUGGUCAAACGAGGCUCUUCAGAGUAAUUCCUAGCAUUGGAACAGGCAGGCCGGGCUGCACUGUGGUGUUGUGGCAGCCAGGCUUGCAGGCAGGAGGAGGAGACAUUAGUUCUUUGCUCCAAGGAAAACAGCAGAAGAAUUCUAAUCAUGCAGAUGCCAACUUGAGGAAAUAAAUCAAUGAGGUGCUCGCUGUGCCAGCCAGGACUAGAUCAGCCCCCUGGAGAAGAGCAAAGCGACUUUGGACUUUGGCUGCUUUUUAGGGUUAACAAUACUGCUGGUUGCAGAAGCUGUUCACUUCAUCCCUGGCCAAGAAAGGGCCAAGUUCUCUGGCCUACUUACAGUGCAACGGGAGUGGAAACCUCCCUUGCUUCCCCUGGUGUGGGCUGAGUCCCCAGCAGAGUCAUCAAUGCAGAGAAAUCGGAAUUCAAUGAGGACCAGGCAACAUGCUGUCAGAUAUCUGUCAGGAGGAGGGAGAUAGGCAUGGAGGAGGAGCAGGACUGGUUGAUUCUUUGCUCCAAUCAGUAUCUGGUUGGUUAUUACUGGGCCCUGUUUGAUGGCCACGGUGGCCCAGACGCAGCAAUAAUCGCCUCCAACUACUUGCAUUACUGCAUCAAGCAGAAGCUGGAGGAGGUGGUGGAAGGCAUCACUGAAGCUCAGCCCCCCAUGCAUCUGAGUGGCUGCUGCAUUUGCCCCAGCGACCCCCAGUUUGUGGAGGAAAAGCAAAUCCAGCAGGAAGACGUGGUCAUUGGAGCACUGGAGAACGCCUUCCAGGAGUGUGAUGAAGUGAUUGGUCAAGAGAUGGAAGCUUGUAAUCAGUCAGGCGGCUGCACUGCUUUGGCUGCCCUCUACCUACAGGGAAAGCUCUAUGUGGCUAAUGCUGGGGACAGCAGGGCGAUCCUUGUUCAGAAACAGAGCGUCGUGCCCCUGAGCAGUGAGUUCACCCCAGAGACAGAGCGGCAGAGAAUCCAGCAGCUGGCCUUUCUCUGCCCCAAGCUCCUGGCAGAGGAGUUCACCCGGUUUGAGUUUCCUAGGAGACUGAAAGGCAACGACGUAGGCCGGAAGGUCCUCUAUCGGGAUUACUCCAUGGCUGGAUGGGGAUACAAGACAGUGGAGAAAGCUGACCUCAAGUACCCUCUUAUCCAUGGCCAUGGGAAGCAGACGCGCUUGCUGGGGACCCUGGCUGUAUCGCGAGGGCUGGGGGAUCAUCAGCUGAAAGUUAUUGACACAGACAUUGAAGUUAAACCAUUCCUCUCCUGCAUCCCCCAGGUGAAAGUGUUUGACUUUGCUUCGUGUAACAUUAAAGAAGAUGAUGUCCUUGUCCUGGCAACUGAUGGCCUUUGGGACAUUCUGUCCAAUGAAGAGAUGGCCCAGAUUGUCAGGAGCUUUCUUGAUGAAAACAAAACAGACCCAUACAGGUUUUCAGAACUGGCCAGGUGCCUGGUGCACACGGCAAGGGGGAAGAAGAAUGGCCAUCAGUGGAUUUUGGAUGGCAACAGCCUGGCAUCCUACGAUGACAUCUCUGUGUUUGUGAUCCCACUAUACAACAGGGAUGAGGACUGUUAGUGUUACGAGAUGAGAGAGAUUGAUGCAUAUAUAUCCAUGUAAUGUUAUAGGUCAUUGAGGCCUGGCAUUAAUGACAUGUGCUUGACAUGAAUGCAUGCAUUUCAAGUUAGCAACUGAAGCAAGGACUUAAGGUGAAGGUCUAUUACAACUCUGUGCAAAAACAAUCUUAUGUUCUGAGAAAAAUACAGAGAGUCAUCAAAAAAAAAAGAAACAGUGGAUGUAAAAUUGUAUAAGAAUUGGAGGAAAUGGCAUGCCUUGGAUCAUGGCAUUCUGCCCAAGAUUGUCUCUUUGGAAUUGUGCGGGUAGAAGGCCUAGUAAACAAAGGCAAAGAACAGAUGACGCAACGGAAUGGAUUAUAAGUGGAUGCCUACGAUUUCUGCAAAUCGGAGUCAUUUAUUGAUCCAGAGUCCUGUAUGGAUAUAGAUGUGGUUUUGCCGGCUACCCCCAUCUUAUGAUUUUAUCCUGAUGGAAGGAACCUUGACUAGCCCUUGGGACUAUUCUGACCUUUGCUCUCUGUUAUAGUGUGUUUGGGGUGUGAAUGUGGAGUGAGUAAAGAUUAGUUUUGUAAUCACUGAAGAGCAUUUAGAGUAUUAUAUACCAACUCUGUGUCUGGUAUCUGCUUGCUCCCCAUCCCAUAGGGAGACCUCUAUUGUGGGUCUAACAUUAGCAUCAUACAGAAGCUCUAGAACUCUUGCAUAAUAGGGUUUUAUGACUAAGUAGCACCAAAAGGAGACAGGUGUACUUCAAAGAGCACUGUUGUGUGCACUUUCCAGUAAGAGGAAGAAUUACUGUAUAACCAGGUACUGCUGUAAGAGGUACUGGAACUGUGCCAGCUUGAGGGGACGAGAACUUUCCUUUUGCUCCAUCCACCUACAAAACUGCUACUGGCCCACUCUACCAUUUCUGGCACUCUACCUCUGCUACAUCCCUCAUUCCCUUCCAACCUCACAAGAAUGGACAAGGUCUGAGGGGUAGUACUGGAUGUCCAAGAACAUGAAUUGUCCUUUUCUGAGGCUAACCCAAUGCAUGAUUUAACUAUACUACAGCAGGAUCAAGCUAAAAUGGGGAUUGGCUCACUGAGAAACAGCAAUGAACAGGGUGAUGAUUACCACGGCCUCUGAAAGAAGUUAGCCACAGUUAAAACUCACCCUUAAGAUGAAUCAUUAAACAAUAGUAAGACAUCUCCAAAGGAGAAACAACCAGCUUAUUGUGCCACCAAUUUUGUGACUGUACAUGUAUUUAACCCUUUCCAGAGAAGCCAGUCACUUACUAGAGUUGCUUUUGUUAAUUCACAUGGAUUCCUUGUUUUAAGCAGUUCUCAGAGCUUGUCUACAGUUGAAACGCUACAGCUGUGCCACUGUAGUGCUUAGGUGUAGAAUCUCUCCCCUUGGCACAGGUAGUGUCAUUUGCACAGGGGGUAGGAAGCUCAUAAGUUUUAUUUUUGUAAAUCUAGGCUCAAGCAAACUAAACAGCAGCUGAGUGGUUUUUGUGAAGGUUUGUAUACAUCACAAGUUCUCACAGAAUGCAACAGUUGGCUAGAGCCGCCUACAAAUGUAUCAGGCAUUGCUGGAGCUGGGGAUUUACAGCUCACUGGAAGAGCAGGGGAAGCUGCUGGGAAGGACUGUAGUGCUAGGUGUGGGAACCAGGCAUAUCUGAGGCAUCCAAGUGCUGAAGCAACAGCACUAAGGUCCUCCAUAUCCAAUGCCAUUUUAAAUAGAAGAUGCUGUUUAGUAAAGGAGCCCUGAAUAAUCCAAUACAACAAACUAAACUUAAAAGAUGCACAAGAAGUUUCUUGUACAAAGACAUACAUUGUUCAGUUAUAUAACAGAAUUUGAAUGGUAUAUUUUGUAAUUUAAUGUACAUAAUUGCUAUAAUAAAAAAUAUCUGUAUGUAAGUCCAUAA